AUGCCAGUUGGCCUUCGACACUAUGCUUCUGAUAACAAAAAGUUAAACAAAUACAGUUCUAUUAUUACACAACCCAAGAGUCAAGGAGCUUCACAAGCUAUGUUAUAUGCUACUGGGUUGACUGAAGAGGAUAUGAACAAGGCACAAGUUGGUAUCUCUAGUGUCUGGUAUGAAGGAAAUCCCUGCAAUAUGCAUCUUUUGGAUUUAGCUACUGAGGUUAAGAAAGGUGUCCAAGAGGCUGGUCUUAUUGGUUAUCGUUUUAAUACAAUUGGUGUAAGCGAUGGCAUUUCAAUGGGUACUCGUGGUAUGAGCUACUCUCUUCAAUCUAGAGAUUUGAUUGCGGACAGUAUAGAAACCGUCAUGGGCGGUCAGUGGUAUGAUGCCAAUAUUUCUAUUCCUGGCUGUGAUAAGAAUAUGCCUGGUGUUUUGAUGGCUAUGGGUCGCGUUAACCGACCUUCAUUGAUGGUAUACGGUGGUACCAUUAAGCCUGGUCAAGGAUGUGGAGGAGAAAAGCUUGAUCUUGUGUCAGCUUUCCAAGCAUAUGGUGAAUACGUAGCUGGUUCUAUUGAUGAAAACAAGCGUUUUGAUAUCAUCCGUCAUGCCUGUCCUGGUCCUGGUGCUUGUGGUGGAAUGUACACUGCCAACACCAUGGCUUCUGCAGCUGAAGCUAUGGGUAUGACUUUACCCUAUUCUUCUUCUACACCCGCAUCUUAUCCAGAAAAGCUUGAAGAAUGCCGUAAUGCUGGUAAAGCCAUUCUCAAUCUUUUGGAAAAGGACAUCAAGCCUCGCGAUAUCAUGACUCGUGCUGCCUUUGAAAAUGCUAUGGUGCUCACAAUGGCUCUUGGCGGCUCCACUAACGUUGUGCUUCACUUGAUUGCUAUUGCUAAGAGUGUUGGUGUCAAAUUAACCUUGGAUGACUUCCAAGCUGCAAGCGAUAAAACUCCUUUGUUAGCUGAUUUGAAACCAAGUGGCAAGUAUGUCAUGGAAGAUAUUCACGGUAUUGGUGGUAUCCCUGCUAUUCUUAAAUACCUUAUGCAAGAGAAAUUGAUCGAUGGUGGCGUCUUGACAGUGACUGGUAAAACACUAGAAGAAAACCUUCAUUCACUCCCUGGUCUUCCUCACGGCCAAGACAUCAUUCGCCCCCUUUCAAACCCUAUCAAAUCUAGCGGUCACUUGCAAAUAUUGCGCGGUAACUUAGCACCUGAAGGAUCUGUUGCCAAGAUCACAGGUAAAGAAGGCCUCCAAUUCACCGGUAAGGCUCGUGUCUUUGAUGGUGAGGAAGGCUUUAUUACUGCCCUUGAAAAUAAUGAACUGAAGAAAGGAGAAAAGACUGUGGUUGUCAUCAAAAAUGAAGGACCCAAGGGAGGUCCCGGUAUGCGUGAAAUGUUGAAGCCAUCUUCAGCCAUUAUGGGUGCGGGCCUCGGUAAAGAUGUUGCUCUCUUAACAGACGGUCGAUUCUCUGGUGGCUCACACGGUUUCAUCAUUGGCCACGUCUGUCCCGAAGCACAUGUAGGUGGACCUAUCGGCUUGAUCAAGGAUGGUGACGUGAUCACUAUUGAUGUAGAGUCUCGCGAAAUGAAUGUGGAUCUGUCUGACGCUGAGCUUGCCGAACGUAAAAAGAAUUUCGUCCCUCCUCCACCAAAAUACACAAGAGGUACCUUGGCUCGUUAUAUUCUGACUGUCAAGAGUGCAAGCGAAGGCGCAGUGACUGACGAAGCAUAG